CCGAGACCGGGCGUGUUUUUUCUCUGGGGGCACAAGCAGAUGUCGCCGGCGGCCUAAGGCGGGAUGGGAGAAGCGGGUCCGGGCAAAGUGCCGUUGGAGCCGGGGGUGGGCCUGGCGAUGAGCCCCGGGCUGGAGGUGAAGCUGGUCUCGCUGCUUCUGCUGCUGUUGCUGACGGUGCUGAGCGGCCUCCUGCCCCUGUGCGCGGUCCGGAGAGCGGCGGUGGGCGGAGGAGCCGGGAUCUCAGGUCAGCGGCGAAUUCUCAGUCUUCUCAGCUGCCUGGCUGGUGGUGUAUUCCUAGCCACUUGCCUGCUAGAUUUGCUUCCAGACUACCUGUCUGACAUGGCUGCAUCGCUGGACAAGAUGAAAAUCACCCUGCAGUUCCCGCUGCCGGAGUUUAUAGUGGCAAUGGGCUUCUUCCUGGUGCUGAUCAUGGAGCAGAUCGUGUUGGCCUGCCGGGAUCAAUCAAGCAACCUGGAGGAGACCAGGCCGCUCCUUGGCAGGUCUUCAAGUGGCAACCUGCACUCGCAGCACCACUUGGGCCCGGGCGAGAGUGGCUGUCAGCGUGAAGAGGCCGGGACCCACCUCCAUGUGGACUUCAACUCUCACUCUGCCAUCCGCUGCUUUGUCCUGGUCUUUGCCCUCUCCCUCCAUUCCGUGUUGGAAGGGUUGGCGGUGGGACUGCAGGAGGCCAGCUCCAAGGUGGUGGAGAUCUGCAUCGCCCUCUCGGUCCACAAGUGUAUCAUCGCCUUCAGCCUGACUCUGAAGCUGGUGCAGAGCCGGCUGAAGUGGACAGCAGUCAUCUGCUGCAUCAUCGCCUUUGCUUUGAUGUCCCCCCUGGGGGUUGGUCUGGGCAUUGCCCUGACAGAGGAUUCCAGCCACCAGCUAGUCCGCUGCGUGCUGGAGGGAGUGGCCACAGGAAGCUUCAUCUACGUCACCUUCAUGGAAAUCCUGCCUCACGAGCUCAACUCCUCGCAUCAACGUCUUUGCAAGGUCCUCAUGCUGAUCAUUGGGUUUGCUCUCAUCACCAUGGUCCUUUUUAUCAAGGUGUAGGGGCCACGGACGUGAUGGAUUGUUUACACGUGUACUGACCAUCUCCCAGUUCCAGUUCAAUUCGGUCAGCCCCAGCUGCGUUUGAACUAUCCCUGCGCCCUCCCUCCACGACCGUUCCAGCUGCUUUAGGAGCACAGUUGCAGAAGCUGGCCCAUUCAGCCCACUAUGCCUGUUCUGCCAUUCAGUGCAAUCAAGGCUGGUCUGAAUCAUAACUCCACCUCCCACCUUGGCUCCUUAUCCCUUGAUACCCUUGGUUAGCAUAAAUUACCCAUUUCCCACUUGCAAAUGAUGAAUUGGGCCUUGCAUUUGUUGCUUUUAGUGGGAGAGAGUUGCACCCUUCUCCCACCCCUUCUGUAUCUGUUACCCUCUCUGCUGAAUGAUGCGCUCUUGUUUUUUCAGGUUCUGCACCUUUGUCCUAGACUCCACCAACCAGUGGGAAAACUUUCUCUCUUUAUCCUAUAAGAUCCUUUUCAAAACCCUAAAAACCUCAAUCAAGUCAACCUUGGACGUUCAAACUCCAGUCCCCGGCAACACCCCCCCCGCCCCCCGCCACAAACACCGACUCCCUCAAACUCCAAUUGUAAUCCCUGUAUUUUCAUGCCCACACUGAAAGCCCUGAUGUCAGAUUGACCAGCUCCUUCCAGGAUGAUUCUGCAGGCUCCAGAUCCUCCGUUAUUGCACCAAGUGCAGUGGUUGUGAUUUGGGGGGAAUGAUAGUUUCAAGGGCUGCCUGUUGUCCCAGUUUGCUGGCAUUUUGGUGGCGAUACUGAAUCGGACUGGGUGGAUUUUAACCCGGGCCCUUUUUUGCUGACUAAUGGCUUGGGCAAGGAAUUGCGGGCUGUUUCAGGCCAGUCCCUGAUGGGAAGGAUGGAGCACCGUGGCCGUAGGAGCUGCCUCAUUACCCCUUCGCUGGGAGAGAAGGGGAGAGAGGCAGAUCUCACUAUUCCAGAGAGGAGGGAGGUAACACUUUUCCCACAUAUCCUGCUGUGGGAUUGAUGAUAAAGGAGUGUGUGCUUCCUAUAAACACACUGCUAGUUAUCAUUUAAACUCCACUGUUACUAAAGCUGAGAAAGUUAGAAUGGGAGACAGAGGCUAGUUUACCAAAAUAGUGGAAGUUAUGAGCUUCGUUAAAAAUUAUUUUAAAACAGUGGCUUAUUAACAUUUGAAUAAUAGAACGGUUAUAGAAACUUUGGGUAGCUCAAACCAGUACUGUAUUUGAUUACCUAAAAUAUAGGUUGUAGCAGCUUUACACUGUGUGUUCUACAUUCAACCUGUCCACACAUACACUGUGGGUCUUACAGUCUUGUGGCGCCUGGGUUAGAGAGGGGAAAUCAGCCAGGGUUCCUGCUCCUGAUCACUGCCCAGUAACCAACUGUUUACAAUUUGAUAUCAAUAACAUCUUUCUGGGCCAAGGGGGACUUAGGAUCUCCUCAUGUUCUUAGAAGCAGCUGUCAUCGUCCUCAAGUGUAAAUACCAGGCACCUCCCUCUUAAUAAAACAAUCUAGAUCUCUUUUAAUUUUGGUCACAAUUUGAUCGCUUUCAUUUAUCCUAAAUUAAAAGAUGCAGCCCCAAGCUAUUAACACUCUUAUAAACCAAAAGAUAUAGUCCUGAAACACAAUCUAUCAACUCUCAAUUGUAACAAUGCUUCAGUUGAUCUUCCAUUCCAUGUGUCGACCCCUCACUGAAUCCCAGACUUAUCUUUUACCGGCGUGACUCUUGUGUCUUGACUCUCACAACUUACAUUUUAACUAAUUUUUCCAUGUCUACCCUUUCCAUUAACCAUCUGGCUUCCUGCUACGAGAUCACUCUAGACAAGUCCUUUAAUAGAAGGAAGAAGUCCUAGGUAUUAGCUCCCUGAUGUGAGAGACCAGCCUUGUGAAAUGUGAAUGUGUCUCUUUGUUCUUCCGUAAUGAUGAUCCUGCUGGGUGUUUGCAGGCUGCAAUCCUCUGUUCCAGCCCAGGGAGCCUGAGCACCGACCUAUUUUUAAAACCACACUAAAUAAUAUUUAAAAUGAAACAAAGUUUCGGCUUUAUAUUUACCAGUGUCCCCAUAAGAUUUUUAAUACAACUGUUUCCGCUUUUAGCCAAUCUUUCAUAGACAUAUUUUGUAUAAAUGUAAAACUAUUUUGUGUGGUUUUUGAGAAGAAAUAAAAAUCUUUGGAAACCU